UCUCCAGUCUCCUACAUGGUAAUGAGAAGAGCGGUCACAGGAUUCCUGAUUGUGCUUGCAUUCGCUGGUCUGAUCCGGAAGACUUUCUAUAGUAGCGAAAUGUGCUCCGGGCUUGUAGAGAAUUAUGUGGCUGCCAUGGUCCUCAGUGCAGCUGGUGAUGCUCUGGGUUACAAGAACGGUGACUGGGAAUUCUGUAGGAGCGGUACUGCAAUUCAUGAAGAACUAGCCAAACUGGGAGGCUUAAAGAAGAUUGAUGUGAAAAACUGGAUAGUGAGUGAUGACACUGUGAUGCACAUCGCCACAGCAGAGGCAUUGGUGGCAGCAGGCAAAGACACAAAGCCUACCACGCUCUACCCGCUAAUAGCAAAGAAGUAUAAAGAGUGCAUGAAUGACAUGGAGGGCAGAGCUCCAGGUUCAACCUGCAAGUUUGGUACAAAUAUGUUAAAGCCUGAUGUUCCAGAUGGAUGGAAAAUUCCAUUUAAUAAAGCUGGAGGUGGAUGUGGUGCAGCCAUGCGUGCAAUGUGCAUUGGGCUGAGAUUUCCUCACCCAGAACAAGUUGAUGACUUGAUCCGUAUCAGCAUAGAGAGUGGCAGGAUGACCCAUCACCACCCUACCGGAUAUCUUGGUUCACUGGCAGCCGCGCUGUUCACCUCCUAUGCUGUAAACCGCAAGCCUCCGCAUGAGUGGGGCAAAGCAUUGCUAGAUGUUCUGCCUAUAGCAAAGGACUAUAUCAAAGCUGCCGGUCACGAAGUUACACCAAAUUUAGAUACCUGGUCCUAUUUUGAAGACCAGUGGAGGACAUACCUUACAGAAAGGGGCAUUUCGGAUGGAACAUCUCAGCCAACAUUCCCAGAGAAGUACGAUGUAAAAGAACGAGAUACAUUUUAUACUUCACACAGCUUUAGCGGAUGGGCUGGAAGCGCUGGUCACGAUGCCCCCAUGAUUGCUUACGAUGCCAUUCUUGGUUCUGGAGACAACUGGACAGAACUUGCUGAUCGGGCUUUUUUUCAUGGCGGUGAUAGUGAUUCCACAGCUGCCAUUGCUGGUGCCUGGUGGGGAGUCAUGUAUGGUUUCAAGGGGGUCCCCAAGGCCAACUACAAGAAUUUGGAAUACAGAGAUAGAUUAGAAAAGCUUGGAAGAGAUCUCUACCACCUCACACAGAAGCGGGAACAGCAAAUUCAAAUUCAGGGUACAGGGCAAAAGGAUUGAACGUGACUGCUUCUUUCCUAUGCCGAC